AUGGCCGUCAAGGUACUGCUGGUGUUGAGCGCGGCGCUGGUGGCGGCGGCGCAUGCGCAGGCGGGCGCGCUCGUGCAGCCGGGCGCCAUCACCUCGCAGCAGUCCAACAUCCUGCGCUCGUUCGGCAACCUGGGCCAGACGGCCGCCUCGUCCAAGACGAUCGAGACGCCGUACUCGAGCGUGCGCAAGGCGGACGUGCGGGUCAGCAACGACGCCAUCGCGCUGCCCGGCGGCCUGCUGGCGCAGACGCGCACCGCCCCCGCCGCCGCCGUCCACGCCGGGCCGCCCACGCUGCUGGGAGUCGCCUACUCCGCCGCCCCCGCCGUCGCCCACAUGACCUACACCAACGGCCUGGGCAUCAGCUACGCCUACUAG